GGGAACUCUCAGUGUCUCCUCUCGCAGCUUCAGUGCCACAGUUUGAGGAUGUUCGUGCACUUCCGGAACUUUCGUAAUGGGGACCAGCGGGGAGCAGCAGGAGCGACCCUCCUCUUGAUGAAUGAGCGGCCGGAGUCUGCUCCUCGUCCGCCCCUCACUCCUCCAACAAGCCGCUGCUCGGUGCCUGGAGGAACCUGCAGCAAACACAAGGUGUGUGUGGUCCGGCCAUGCUGAGGUAGCAGCAGCCUGAAGGUCAGGAUGUCUGAUGUAGAAGAGGGGCAGCUGAAUGGGAGGAAGAGGGAGAUGGCCAUCUGUUACAUCAGCGAUGAAGAUGAAGACAACGACGGAGAUGAUGAGGAUGAGCAGAUACCUGACCAAUCCCACAGCGCCCCCUUCAGCUCCGAGAAUGAGGCUCAGGGAGGCGACCCAACUGUGUGGCAGUGCACUCCCCCAUCUACCUCACCUUUGGGGGAGGAGCCAGCCCACCCUCCCCCCUACCAGCCGGCAUCCAGACCCCGAUCCAGGCCGGCUAGCCAAAGCCCCUCCCCUCCCUCCGCCCUGAUGGGAACCAAGAAGAGAAGCUCCAAACCGGCGCACAUGAGACGCAACAUCAGGAAGUUACUGAGGGAGCAUCAAUUGGAGGCAGUGACCAAAGCUGUCCAGCAGGAAGAGCUGGAGAGGAGGCGACGUCUGGACCAGAAGAGAAAACAGGAUUUCACCGUACCGCUGCUGCCUGAAUACACGACUGGCGAUGUGGUCAAGCACGUGUCCUCAGCAUCAACGGUGUCCCAGGAAGAUGUGAAGUCCGCCGCACAGGGAGUGAUCCGUCUGGACUCCAGCAGCACUGUCAUCAGCGAGGAUGACAGCAAGACUAACGCACAUGACUCUGUGACCAGAGAGCGCAGACACAAGACAGACGUGAUUGAUCUGAGCUCGGGCGAUGACGACACCAUCGUCCACAUCAGCAGCGAGUCCACCAUCGAAGAAGAAGAGAGCGAGCCCAGCGGCUUGCACGCCAAUGACGCCCUAAACCAACCGGACGAGCAGGGCAGGGUGUUGGUGAACCUGAACCACCCGGCUGCAGAGACAGACAUUUUCCUGUCGCCUCAGCUGGCACGAGCAGUCAAACCUCACCAGAUCGGCGGAGUCCGCUUCCUGUACGACAACCUGGUGGAGUCGGUGGAGCGCUUCAGCAGCAGCAGUGGAUUCGGCUGUAUCCUCGCUCACAGCAUGGGCCUGGGCAAAACCCUGCAAGUCAUCUCGUGCAUCGACGUCCUGUUCAGACACACCCAGGCCCACACCGUGCUCGCCAUAGUGCCUGUGAACACAUUGCAGAACUGGCUGUCAGAGUUCAACACAUGGGUCCCGCCCCCGGAGGCGUUGCCUCCAGAUACCGACCCGGCACUGGUGACACCUCGCACCUUUAAGGUUCACAUCCUCAAUGAUGAACACAAGAACACAGCUACCAGAGCCAAAGUGGUGGAGGACUGGGCGAAGGACGGAGGAGUGCUGCUGAUGGGCUACGAGAUGUACCGCCUCCUCUCAAUGAAGAAGAGUAUCGUGGCCGGGAGGAAGAAGAAGAGCAAGAAAACAACUGGACCCGUAGUCGUUGACCUGGAUGAAGAGGACAGGCAGCAGGAACUGCUCAAAGGUAUCGAGAGAGCUUUAGCCCGACCUGGUCCAGAUGUGGUGAUCUGUGACGAAGGCCACCGCAUCAAGAACUGCCAUGCCAGCACGUCCCAGGCUCUGAAGAACAUCCGAACUCGACGCCGCGUGGUCCUGACAGGCUACCCACUCCAGAACAACCUGAUUGAGUACUGGUGCAUGGUGGAUUUUGUCCGACCCGACUUCCUAGGUACCCGCCAGGAGUUCAGUAACAUGUUUGAGCGUCCUAUUCUGAACGGCCAGUGUGUGGACAGCACGCCUCAGGACAUCCAGCUGAUGAGGUACAGGAGCCAUGUGCUGCACAGCCUGCUCGAGGGCUUUGUACAGAGACGAGGCCAUGAUGUCCUGAGGGACCAGCUGCCCUCUAAGGAGGAGCAUGUCAUCCUGGUGCGUCUGUCUCCCCUCCAGAGGGCGCUCUACACAGAGUUCAUGACCCGCUUCAGGGAGGCAGGAAACACCGGCUGGCUCAGCCUCAACCCACUGAAGGCUUUCUGUGUCUGCUGCAAGAUUUGGAACCAUCCAGACGUGCUGUACGAGGCCCUACAGAAGGAAAACCUGGCAAGUGACCAGGAUUUGGACCUGGAUGACAUGACCUCCUCAGGUCACGCUCGGUGUCCAUCCGCUCCCAAUCAGAAGUCCAAGCCCCUGGAGAAUCCUAACCCCGCCGGGGGACUGAGUCUCAACCAGCUGCAGGAGAAAGCCAAUCAGGUCAUCACUUACGAAUGGGCGAAGGACAUCAUGUGUGACUACGAACCUGGCAUCCUGGAGAACUCGGCAAAGAUGGUGAUGCUGUUCCACCUGAUAGAGGAGAGCGUCAGGACGGGAGACAAACUGCUCGUCUUCAGUCAGAGUUUGUCCACGCUGACGGUGAUCGAGGAUUUCUUGGCAAAGAGGCCGGUGCCUCACUCGCCCAAUGCGUCAGACAGAGAGAGACCCAAUCAGAACUGGGUCCGCAACCUCAAUUACUACAGACUGGAUGGAAGUACGACGGCCUCAGAGAGAGAGAGACUGAUAAACCAAUUCAACGAUCCAUCCAACACCUCCGCGUGGGUUUUCCUGCUGUCAACCAGGGCUGGUUGUCUGGGUGUGAAUCUGAUUGGGGCAAACCGCGUGGUGGUGUUUGAUGCCUCCUGGAACCCCUGCCAUGAUGCCCAGGCCGUGUGCCGUGUCUACCGCUAUGGACAGAGGAAGCAGUGUCACAUCUACCGACUUGUGUGCGACUUCACGCUGGAGAAGAAGAUCUAUGACCGCCAGAUCUCCAAACAGGGAAUGUCAGACCGGGUGGUGGACGACCUGAACCCUGUGCUGACCUUCACCAAGAGGGAGGUGGAAUCUCUUCUUCACUUUGUGGACGAGGAGCCGGACCCCACCCAGGUGCUGCUGCAGCCCCAGGACAGUAUGGAGCGAGUCCUCAGAAAGGCGCUGCACCACUAUCCUCACCUAAUCACCAAGCAACCAUUCCCCCAUGAGUCCCUGCUGAUGGACCGCAGGGAGCUGAAGCUGAGCAAGGCCGAGAAGUCGGCUGCAAAGAAGGGUUAUGAAGACGAGAAGAGGGCCUCGGUGCCGUACACCCGUCCUUCCUACGCUCACUACUACCCCGCCAGUGACCAGAGCCUCACCAACAUCCCCGCCUUCAGCCAGAGAAACUGGCGUCCUCCACCUCGUACCGAGGAGAAGCCAGUGGCCAGUGUCCGGCCAGUCCAGUCAACCCCGGUUCCCAUGAUGCCCCACCAGGCGUCUGCAGGCUCUGCCACAGGCAACGAUUUGUCCAGAUCCAACCUGGGAGGAUUCUCUGUUAAAUGCCUGGAAAAAGCCGGGGUCUUUGUACAGAAGAUCGUCACUAGUAAUGACAUAGUGAUUCCAGGCACCAACAGUUCAGCAGAUGUUCAGGCCAGAAUCACAGCUGGAGAGAGCAUCCACAUCAUCAGAGGCACCAAAGGGACUUACAUCAGGACGUCUGAUGGUCGAAUCUUUGCCAUCAGAGCAGCUACGAAAGCCAAGACUGCAGAAGAGAGUACAACAGCAACACCCAAAGACUUGCAGGCCCCACCAGUCGAGGUUUCAACCAAUGGUAGUGACAGUUGUAAGUCACCGGACAUUAAGCAACAGGUACCAUCCAAGUCUGUGCCCCGCCCUCUUUCACCUGACAGCCCAGAGAUCAUCGAUGAGCUGCAGCGCUACACAGGAGCCACAGCGCAGCCAGAGAGGGCAGCAGUGAGCAACGCAAACAAUCUGCCUUCCACCAAACGGCCUCAGACCAAUGGCAGCAGUAGGAGUAGUUUACCCAGUGGAACUAUGAGCCACCAUGAUGCCUCUGUGACUAAUGCAGUGCAGCCCAGCAUUGACACCACUGUCGCCCAAGACCUGAGAACAGGCUCCAAGCGCAAAGCCUUCACCCCGCCUUCGGAUGAGCAGCCCAGCAAGCAGCCGUCUGCUGCCAAGCACUCCUCUGCCUCUCUGGCCUCUCAAGGCUUCCCCUUCACUGGGGGCUACGGCCUCCCUCCACUGGGCCUCAACCCUGCCAUGUUGAGUGGGUCACUGGGGCACCCGCUCUAUGUUGGGGCUGGUUCGCCUUACCUCCAGCCCCCCCACACUCAACUGGGGGACCCCGGUUACAUGUACGCAGAUCUGUUUGGCUUGGGCGGAGCCUGCUCUUCCUCCACCUCAUUGUCGACAACCACGGCUACUGCCGUCUCAUCCUCCUCAUCAGUUAAAGCUGCCAGUUUGGUUCCAGGUGCCCUGCCACCAUUCAUGCUGAACCCCAGCAUGGCGGGCAUGGCUGGGAUGCUCCCUCCAGGCUUCCCCCUCUCUUACAAUCAGUCUCUGGCCAGCCUCUACACAGGGUCCAUGCUCCCAGGCGGGCUUCCAGGACCAGCGGCCACUCCUGGCCCCGCUGGAGCCAGCUUCCUUUCCCAGUAUCCUCCCACUGCUGCCUCCAGCUCCUCCUCAUCCUCCCCUUCUUCCUUCUCCCCCUCAGCACGUUUUGAGGGCCACCGGGGUCCAGUUCUGGUGAAUGGUGGGAAUGUUAGCAGCACCAGCUGCUCAGAUGACGAUGAUGAUGUAAUUGAGGUUAGGGGACAGUGACAGAUGAAUGAUGUGCUCGUUUGAGAAAGCUUGAUUCAAUUGAAAAAUAAUUACAAUAGGAUGAUAUCCUCUGUGCCAGGAUACAGGCCUCGAAGAGCCUGUGGCCGAAGCUGUGUGGAAAUGGACAAAAAAUUCAAAAUGCAUAUACGUGAUGACAACUAAGUCCCUGCUAACAAGUCUGUCUGCCUUGGAUAAACAGUCCAAGCAGAGAUUGAACACAGACUGGAGACAGAGCAAGACAUUUUAAUGCUGAAUAUCAGAAUAUGAAACCUGAGGAAGAAAAAACCUCCAGAGGGAAGAAAAUCAAAAGACUUAGGGCUUCCAAGUUUUUUUGUUCAAUAAUGGCAUUGAGAUACUGAUCACUGGACUUAGAACUGCUGAUUGUGGGCCUGCAGUGACCACAAAUGGCCACUAGUUGUCCUGUUGACUUUUGAGAUUCUAGUUCUGCAGCUUUGUUAAAUUUCAUAACUCUUUUGCUUUACUAGCUAAUUAAAUGAUGAUAUUAGGAAGGAAUUGCUCAUGAAAAAAGGUGUGAUGAUUAAGUUAGCUGGUAGUAACAUUUGUUAAAUAUCAAUAACUGAAAUGGUAUUGUUUGUCACAUGUCAAAUAUUGCUACUGAAUAUUUCUUCAAAUGAUAAAUGAUAUGAUAGGUUAAAAGAUCAAACAGAAGUUUUAAAUGAUGGUAAUAAUUCACUGCCAGGACAGUUGAUGGUGUUGUACAAAGUCAUCUUAAUUAUUGAAGAAGCAUUUUAAGGCCUGUUGAGGUUAAAGUCAACUCUUGAAACCUUCAAACUCUAAUGAAGAAGAAUGUAUGCUAAAUCAAAUGCCUUUAAACCAGGCCUCCUAUUUAGGCAUCAGGCGAUCAGAUUUUUCUUUUUUUCUGUGUGUGUGUAUUUUCUAUUUAUGUGAUCUUUCAUUUUUUUAAAGAAAAUGAUUGCCUAAAAACAGCCAGGUAAAAUUGAGAAAAAAAACUGUUAGUAGUGUGGUGUCCUCCUCGUAGCGGAGAAACAACCAACAGAAAAUGCCUUUUUGCCUCCAUCUUUCUGAAUGUGAACUGUGAGAGAGAGGAGAGGCAAAGAGAGACAGACGGUCGCCGCGGCUCUCUGAAUCUCGCCCACAGUCUUACUGUAGCCUAGCGAAAAACGAUGCAAAACACUCACUCAAGCCUAUAUAUGUAUUUGUACAAACCCCGGAGGAAUUGAGCUCACAAACCCCCUGAGUUUUGUUUUCGCCUGUGUCGUUCCUUAGUCUGUGUUUGUGCAUAGUGUUCAUAAGGGUUACAAAAGGAAUGGUUUUAAAAAGAAAAUUAAGUGAAUAGAAACUUGUAUUACUUGGUUUUUGUGACUCGUACUGACAUGGAUUCCAUCUUUGCUCUGCUCUAUCUGUCUCAUGCUAUUUUGUCACCAGAGGACAGUGUGAAACCAAACUCAUGUUUUUGUUCUUUUUUUAAGAGAUGGUGUAGCUUUGCCAAAAAAUUGAUAAAUGCACAAGCACAUCAUCGACCUCCAUCGAAGAGGAUUUUGUGUCUUAUGAGACCAAAUUACGCUGUCAACUUCUUAAAAUCCUCGACAGCAGCACACUCUCUUUUCACUUUAGCAUCCUCACGGCCACAAUCGACACGUACAUCUCUCUCUGUAUGACCCUGCAGGAAACACUGUACACGGCACUGCACUGUAAAAAGAGACACAAAUCUGUACACGUCUUUGGACUGGUCCAACGCUGGGACAAGCGUCAUCAUCGCAUUAUCAUGUUCUUCUUCAUAUUAACCGCACGCCACCAUUCAGCUGUUCCAAAAGAUCCCCUUUGAUCACAUCAACCGUUCAAUCACUGUCCUCGUAGAAAAUCUUCUUCUCCGAAACGGCUGCAGGAAGAGCUUUAAAAAACCACCCGCUCUUUUGUGGAAAGCGAAUCUCUUUAACAUCAUCAAAGCAAAGACUAAGCAUUUACUGUCAUUUCCCUUCCAUGUAUUUUGCUCAUCAUAUUGAAAUUGUUAGUUUACUUAUGUUUCUUCUGUUUUUGUUCUCUUUUUACGAUGUUUGAAUUUACCAAAUUAAUUUAUUUAUGACGGUGCGUAUUUAUUCAUUUUUAUUUUUGUACAAUGUUUAUUUGGUCUCCUUUUUUUUCUUUUCCUGGUUUCUAAACAUUUUACGGUCAUAUAACUUUUGUUGUUACUGCAGAUGGAAAAUGCUUAAUUUUUGUGUUUGUUUUUUUAAGAAGAAGAAGUUUGAUCUGUCAAUCUGACCAGACACGUGAACUUGCAUGUGGACCAAUCAACUGAUUUGUUACUGUGCACACUAAUAUCCAGGAACAGCAUAUUUAAGAAAGAUGGAGUAAAUAUCAUGUCCUGUUUACAGUAACUGAUUAGCUGUUGAUUAUAAUUUAAGAAGGUCAUUAGGGAUAUAUUGAUUCUCACCGUGAUCAGCUCUGAUUCCUUCAUCCUGCAUCAUCACAAGCUGUAUUCAGGAUACUUAUCGGAGAAUUUGUAAAUGAAUAAUAUGAGCCAUUUGUGUGCAUGUAAAUGAAGCUAAUUCACAAGUCAUGGGUCAGAAACAGAGGCAGUCAUAUCACUUCAAAACUGAAAAGAAAAUGUUGAAAUCAAGUGCUUCUCUUUUCUUUUACUUUUUUUGCUCUUCAUCAUCAUAUCAUCCGAAAUGUGUCCAUCUGUGUCGUCGCCAUGAUGGAAAACGAGCAAGUUUCCUCAGUGUUGAACUGUUGUGUUGUCAGCUCAGCCUUUGCUGCGCAGUUCGACUGCUCUUUUAUUUCACAGCUUUCUACUUGAAUUUACAUAUUUAUUUAUACAAAUCCAUUUGGUUGGACAAGCUGAGCCGACUAUCUGAAUUCCAUUUUAGCCGAGGAGAAGAUUAAAGCUGCUGUCUUUGAGGAUUGGCUCUAGUCAAAGCCUGUUGUGUAGUUUAUCGAUGGAUAAUGUGUUUGACCGUGGAUUACUUUUAGAUCCUUUUUUGUGUUGUUUUUUUGGAAGUUUGUAAAUAAAAAGAAACAUGUUCU